AUACAAACCUUAAGGAUUCUCAGCCAAAUACUGUUGGAUGGGAUGAUGAAAUGAAUACAGAGCAGUACAAACAGAAAAAAAUAUUUAUGUUUUCUGGUGUAAAUCCAGAAAAACGUGUAGAGAUGGUAGCAAAUUUGGAGAGACUGGGAGCAUCAGUUAUCGAUUCCAUUCACUUUGAUACCUCCAGUACACAUCUGUUAUGUUUAACGUUAGCACGAAAUGAGAAAACGCUGGCAAGUAUGAGUGCAGGAAAUUGGAUACUACAUGAAUCGUAUGUCGAUAAAUGUGUUGCUCAGAAGAAAUUUGUGGACGAGGAAACGUUUGAAUUUGGCAAUCCUAAAUUCAGUGAAAACAUACAUACCGAAUAUGAAAAAGAGAAUAACAGAUUGGCUGCUGCUCACUAUUGGAGAAAAGAAGUUGCAAGGAGAGGUUACGGAGCAUUCCAUGAUAUGCGAUUUAUUGUUGUGGCUCAGAAACGCGAACCUCUUAUUCAUGUAUUGGAAGCCGGUGAUGGUAUGGUAGUUGAUGAAAGCCCACCAUUCAACAAAGCAAUCCAUGCAACACACUGUUUAUUGGAUUUAAAAUAUAUAGAUAACGUUGAAGACUUCAUUCCACUCGCCCAGCAAGGUAUCUACUGUGUAAAUACUUUAUUUGUUAGCGACUAUUUAACCAGACCCGAUGCGAAUAUCCGAGAUUUCAUCAUUCCUUACUUUUUAGAUUACUACAAUAGUUAACAUGUGUUAAUUCUAUACUUUGUGAAAUGUUUUAUUAUAUUAUGUUAAUAUAAAUAAAUAUGUACCUUAUUUGUUAA